GCAGGAAGAUCCUGCCACAAUGCUGAAAUGAAGAAGUUUAGCACUUUGCUGGAAACCAUUUGGUUAUACAGUACCAGGUUGCAUGAAAUUGUUUUCAAAAUUUUGCUUAAAAAUUCAGCAAUUAAAGAUGAAGAUCUAAUACAGCAAAACAGGAAGUCGAUGUUGCUCACCAAAUAGGGAAGUUACAAGAAUUAUAGAAAUGGAGCAGAUGGCAGAGAGCACUUCUGUAUAUCAGCCUGAAGAUGAUGAAUUUGAUAGAAAUUGUCCGCGGAUAUGUGGAGUUUGUGGGGACAAAGCAACUGGUUUCCAUUUCAAUGCUAUGACAUGUGAAGGCUGUAAAGGUUUCUUCAGGAGAAGCAUGAAGAAAAAGGCCAAUUUUACGUGUCCUUUUAAUGGCAGUUGUUCAAUUACGAAGGAUAAUAGAAGGCAUUGCCAAGCAUGUAGACUCAAGCGAUGCCAAGAUAUUGGCAUGAUGAAAGAAUUCAUUUUAACAGAUGAAGAAGUUCAGAGGAAAAAGGAGAUGAUUUUAAAACGGAAAGAAGAAGAAGCCAUAAAGGAGGCUAAAAAACCAAAGUUGACAGAUGACCAAGAAAAACUGAUUGCCUUAUUGAUUGAAGCACACCAUAAAACAUAUGAUACAUCGUAUUCGGACUUUAACCAGUUCAGACCACCAGUACGGGGUUCAUCUGCAAUGGAAGCUUCUGGACAGUCCUUUUCUAUUGAGUCACCGCAGGAUCUCUGCUCUGCAGAUUCUUUUAGUUCCUUUAACUCAUCAUCUUCAGAUGGUUGCAGCCUAUCCAUGGAAAUGUCUCAGAUAACAAAGUCACAUUUCUCCAACAUCUUUGGGAUGCACCACGAUGAUUGUGGAAUUUCCAAGGAGGUUCCAGAUUUCGCCAUGCUGCCUCAUCUGGCUGACCUUGUCAGUUACAGCAUACAGAAGGUCAUCGGCUUUGCAAAGGCUAUCCCUGGAUUCAGGGAAUUGUCUGCGGAUGACCAAAUUUCCCUUCUGAAGUCAAGUGCAAUUGAAAUUAUUAUGCUGCGAUCAAACGAGUCCUUCACAUUGGACGAUAUGUCCUGGAACUGUGGAAAUGAUUUCAAAUAUAAUGUAAAUGACGUCACCAAAGCUGGCCAUUCACUGGAGUUGCUGGAGCCACUGGUAAAAUUUCAGGCUGGCCUAAAGAAUCUAAAUUUGCAUGAACAAGAACAUGUUCUUCUCAUGGCUAUCUGCCUCCUUUCACCAGAUCGUCCUGGAUUACAGGACCGUGCUCAAGUGGAGCGUAUUCAAGAUAGGCUAUCUGAGACUUUGCAGGUAUACAUCCGGGUCAAGCAUCCACCCCCAGGUAAUCGGUUGUUGUAUCCAAAGAUGAUCCAGAAGCUGACGGACCUCCGGAGCCUGAGCGAGGAGCAUGCCAAACAGUACCGGUUUCUGUCUUUUCAUCCUGCACAUACCAUGCAACUCACACCACUUUUGCUUGAGGUCUUUAGUAAUGAUGAAGAUAAGUGAAUCACUCGCUUUAAUUUCUAACUUAUUAGGUUCGCACAGGGUAGCAGGCUUGGUGGUGCACUCACAGCAUUUCCUUUGAAAAUUAAGCUUCCAGUGAUUAAAUGUGAUACUAAUGAAGCUAUUCUAAAUUAUUAGACCACUGAUUUAAAGAGAGAAGAGGUGGGGUGGUAAUUGCAAAGUUCUGAAACAGAUGCCAUGGCACAGGUGCUGUACAAUGUAAAACCAAUAAUAAUGGUAGAUUUCCCCUUCACAGAUAUGUACUUUUUACAUGCAACUAUACAAGAGCAAUGAUAGGAAAUAUCUUAAAUAUUGAAUAGAUGUAUUGAUGUAUAUAAGCUACAUACAUCUGAUAUGUUAACUAGUCACAGUACGAAUACUGUGACCUAUUAUUGCCCGCAGCAUGUAACAAGUAUGUGCAGUUUUUGCAAGGGAAUACUUUACCAUUAAACGAAAAUCAAAAAAACUGCAGAUGCUGGAAAUCUGAAAUAAAACCAGAAAGUACUGGAAAUGCUCGGUAUGUCAGGUAGCAUCUGUGGGAAGAGGAACAGAAUUAAAGUUUCAGGUCCACAACCCCUCAGAACAAAAAAUUACUAUUUUUGCUAGUCUUGACUGUGUUGCCCAUACACUUUGGAAGGGAAAGAAUUAUUUUUACAGUUACAUUCUUAAUAUUUAACUUUUUAGAAAUCCCAGAACGUAAGUUGGAUACAGCAGAAGCAUUUUUACUUCUCAAAGACAAUAGAACCAGCAUUGUCCAUCCCUUAUUCAAUACAAGACUACUACAAGUAUCAAGUGCAGCCCUGAAAGCCUGUACCAUUUCUACAUGCCAGAAAAAAAUACUUAGUGCUUGGUCUCCAAGCGUCAGGUAAUGUUAAUCACUGGAGGUGAUUGACAGAAAAUUGAUGUAUUGGUAAUUGUCAUGAUCUACACUACUGAAGUCCAACUUAAAAUAUAUUUAUAUAACAUACAAUAAAAAAUAUAUUUCCCAUACUUAUUUGGGAAGUUGCAGCUGAAAUCGUGGGAGGCUUUUACUGUCCCCUCAGGUCCCCAGUAUUCCUACACACCCUUGGGAAGAAGGGCUAAUUUUCAAUAAUUUUUUCGCAAAACUAGAUGUAAGCAGAUUGUAUCUAUUUAUUUAAGUUGUUUUUAAAUCAGUUCAAGUUCCAGAACUGUGCAACAAUAUCCUUUUGCAUUGAAGCUCUUCACCAGUAAAAACUUGGAGUUGUACACUUUCAUCAAAUCUCUAUUAUACAUCACGUUUCCAAACAUUCUUUUAUUUUUAUGGUUCCUAUUUUAAAAAUUUCAAUUUGGAGCUUCCUGAUUUUCAAGAAUGUAUCCUGUGAAUGUUGAUUUUUAAACUCAGAAAUGUUUGUGUUCAGUUCAGCUGUGUACAGAAUUAGUUGAUUCCACUUAUGGUUGGGGCAUUUGGUCUUAACACCUCUAGUUGAAGGAGAGGUAAAUCAACAUUAAUGCCUGCUCCUGAUCAGCGGACGCUCCUGCUGGAAUAGCACGUUGCUGGGUGAAGACUCAAGUUGGCUUGACGGUGAUAUCUUCAUAGUAGAAUUCCCAGUUGCCGCUCGCUAUCUAGACUAAAUCAAAAACAAUCGUUUGAGUUACGCAGCGCAAGGCGAAGGGUGCCUGUGAAACUGUGCCCCCAUGUGAGUUUACACCUUCAGAUGAGGGGUAAAAAUUACUGGAAAGGAAGAAUACACAUUGCUCUGCUUUCCAAUUAUUGGGGAACCCAUAGGUAUUUAAAUAAUUCUCUCUUACUCUGGAUUUUAGAAUGAGCUGGAAAUGCUGCAGUGACAUCAGGCCGACCUGUCGAACAGAUUGUGACCUUAUUGUCUAUAUAUUUGCACAAUAUGCACUCACUCUAUAUGUACACAAAACAGUUGUAAUACAUAGGUUUGUUUGUGAAUAAUUCACUGUCUAUCCCACCCUAGCAAUCAGCCAGAGUUCCUGUGUUGUGCAGCAGCAGGCAUUUUAUGCACUUAUUCUCUGGAAGCAAGUAACAUUGUUUCAUACUCAGGAAACCGCAUUCCCUUCAGGUUUUAAAGAAAUAGAGCUGUUAAAGGUAUCUGUUUUGACCAUUGUGGUAUAUUCGCGUAUAUCAAGUACUGUGCUGAAUCUAGACUCGGGGAGUGAAAAUGUAGAAAUAGGUACCCUGGUGAUCUGAAUCUUACUAAUUUGCAAAAGACAAUCCUUCCCAGCCAGUGUCUCUAACUGGCUGAUGCUUAUGUGGGUGUCCUGCACUUGCUCUAAACUUUAUUUUUGAAAUCAGUUACAAAUGAUAGAUGUAAUGAUUCUUACUGCCUUAAAUAUUGAAAAGGGAAUUUGAAAUUAAAAAGAAAAUUGAAUAGAACGUACGAAUGACAUCAAGAGAUUGCAUUGACUUGACUAAAUGAACAAGCAGAACUUAUCAACAAAUAGGCAAAUUUUUUGAGCAUUAUCGAGAUAAAAAUCUUUGAGUUGUAUAAAUGAUUCUAAUGUGUGUAAUACAACCCUGGAGAAAUGAUAAUUCAUAAUCGGGUGAAAGCACUUACUGCUAUAUACGUCACACUGGAGCUGCAUAUCAUUCAUGCAAAAGUAUACCACGGGCAGGAUGUGGUUCUUUAACGUGGUUCCUGUACCUAUGCAAGUUGACAGACAGGAAAACUGGCUUCUUUAUUUCUAAGGGAGCAUGUUUUAUGAUAACCUCUGGUGGCUGUAUUAUAAUUAACAUUGACUAGAAAUUCAAUCACAGAAUGAAAAUAGUUUUCCUCUGGAAUGAAAUGCAGUAGCGACCAUUUCUAGAUCAUUUGCAGGAAUCCAACUGGGCAUAUCCAGCUUUGAAUCAUCCUAGCGCCUCCGAUGUGAUUUUUGCAUCAUAGUCAUGCACAAGAAGCCCUCAACUGGCUUUAACCAUUCUAGUCACCAUCCCCCUGGCUCCCACGUUGCACCAAUCCCCUCCACCCCACCCCCUGGUCUCACUGCAGACCCCAUCUCCAGACCAAGAUUGCAAUCCUCCCAAUCACCUACCCCCCCACCCCUCCCCAAUUGUCCUGACCACACCCUCAACCUUCUCCCUCACCGACCACCACUGCGGCCCUAAUCCACUACCACUGUUGGUGCCUCACUGCUGGAUUCACAUGAAUUUCUAGGUCAUGGUUAACCAAAUUUCAGUACGAGACGACGAGGAGACCUGUGUGAGCCAUCCGAUAGUAGCUCAGAAUAAAUAGUUACUUUUUCAUCCAACGUGCUUUAUACUUGGAACCUGACAUUUUGGGUUGGGAGAAAUAAAUUUACCAAAUAGAAAUAAGGAAAGUAAAUUUAUAUUUUGUAAAAUGUACAGUUUUAUCUUAUACAAAAAGAAAUGUAUAUUUUCUAGAGGGUUGUUAUUAUUGGGAAAAAUAAGAGAGUUUUACUUUGACAGCAGAACAUUUUAUCCCCACCUCCAAAAGUUAUAGUGGCUCUGUUUCUGAGCUCAGUUCUGUAGGUGUAAAAAAUGUAAUGUUAUUCCUGAUUUAGAAGAGGUUUGUUCAAGAUAUGUGUAAAUAGCAUCCUGCUGCAUUAUUCUGGGCUUGCUUGAUGACAAAGUUAAUGGUUUAUUGCUGAGAAUGGGCAAAUCUGCAGUUAAUUGUAGUGAAGUGGUGCUUUUUCUUUAAUGUGCUGGUCAUGUGUAGAUACAUCUGUUCCUAAUGAGCUACCAAUAAUCUGCCCUCUGUAUGAAUCCUUCCACGUCCCUCUCCCAAAUAUUCCACAAAUGUAUCUUUAUUUUAAAAAAUAAGAGAAUUUAUAUUCCAUUUUUACGCCAGCAACUGUGCAAGUUCUUUUCAUAUCUUACGUCAGUUUUGGCAGAGUAGGAAUUUUAAAAAUGACUCACCUGCAC